UCAUCUCUUCGAAGGCAGCAAAGUGAAAUUUUUUGUUAUUCGAAUUUGAUCCGAUAUUCAGCGUUUCUUCUUCUUCGAAUCUCUGUGCGUCUCACACACAAACGACACACACGAACACACACACAGAACCUCCUCAUACACACUCAAACUAUCAAAAGAAAAAAAAAAUCUUGAAAACUCUCGAAAAUCAUGCAAAGUCAAGCGCAACCCCGACAAUUUAAUGGAGAUGGAGCCCCGAAAAAACGUUACGGCGAAUUCCAACCACGCAACAAGUUCAACGGCAAUAAUUUUAAUCCCGAAUUCGCGAACAUGAGUCAUCAGCAGCAUCCACAGCAAUUUGCUCCUGCGUUCAAUCCGCAUCACGGCGGCGGCAAUGGAGGCAUGCCCAAAUUCGAUGUGCCUCCCUUUCCGGGUGCGCAAUUCAAUAACAAUGGCAACGGAGGUCCGCCACAGCCGCGUAACAAUCAGCGCAAUUUCAACGGGAAACCGAAUCCGGUGAAGAAAGACUACAACAACGAGCCGUAUUUCCACGAGAAGGUAUUUCCCCCUAAUAACUCUCAUAAUAAUAACGAUUCGUUUGGAGGUCCAAAAAAAUUUCCGGGCUCCACGUUUCACGCUGCACCCAAUUCUAACACUAAUUUCCCCCACAAGAAAAAAGACACCAAUGAGUUUGUGCCGCGCGGCGUCGCUCCGCAUCAUCAGCAGCAACAGCAGCAGCAAUUCCGCCCGAAAUUCGAGGACACGAAAAACAUGUCGAAGGAAGAUCGUGCGAAAUUGCAAAGCAUGAAGGCCAAACACCCGGGACAAAACUUGGCGACACCCACAUGGGAAGUUAUCGGGCUCGAGGAGUUCCGCAAGAACUUUUAUGUCCCGCACGAGAACAUUUUGCGACGCACUUUGGAAGACGUCACCUCGUUCCGCGUCACAAAUUCCAUCACAGUCACCGGCGAAGAUGUUCCGCAUCCCAACCAGGCCAUGGAGGAAGUUCGUUUCCCCGAUGGCUUGAUGCGCGAAAUGACAAAACAAGGAUUUACUGCUCCCACGCCAAUUCAGAGUCAAGGUUGGCCCAUCGCGUUAUCGGGACGUGAUAUGGUUGGCAUCGCUAAAACUGGAUCGGGAAAGACUUUGGCUUAUAUGCUCCCGUCGAUGGUUCACAUCACGUACCAAAAACCCGUAAGACGCGGAGAUGGACCAAUUGUCUUGGUUCUUGCUCCAACGCGUGAAUUGGCACAACAAAUUCAAACAGUAGCACGUGACUUUGGUGUUCAUAACAUGAAUAAGGCUCCGAUUCGUAACACAUGUAUCUUUGGAGGAUCCCCGAAAGGUCCACAAAUUCGCGAUUUGGAGCGUGGUGUUGAAAUUGUAAUUGCAACUCCAGGACGUCUCAUUGACUUUUUGGAACGUGGAAUCACUAACUUGAAACGUUGCACUUAUCUCGUACUUGACGAAGCUGAUCGUAUGCUCGACAUGGGUUUCGAGCCCCAAAUUCGUAAAAUUAUUGAGCAAAUUCGCCCCGAUCGUCAAGUGCUCAUGUGGUCAGCAACUUGGCCCAAGGAGGUUCAAUUACUCGCCGAAGACUUUUUGAAAGAUUACAUCAAAAUCAAUAUCGGAUCAUUAAAUUUGGCUGCCAACAGCAACAUCGAGCAAGUCGUGGAAGUUUGCGAGGAAUCCGAAAAAGAGGCAAAACUCUGUCAACUCUUGAAGGAAAUUGUCACAGAUGACCUCGAGAACAAAAUUAUCGUUUUCGUGGAGACAAAGAAGAAAGUCGAGGAUUUGCUUAAAGUUAUUCAGAAACAAGGAUAUUCCGUUAAUUCCAUUCAUGGCGACAAAUCACAAGCUGAACGCGAUUUCGUCUUGCAAACAUUCCGCAAUGGCAAAGUGAACAUUCUCGUUGCCACAGAUGUUGCUGCUCGAGGCUUAGAUGUCGAUAACGUAAAAUACGUCAUCAAUUUCGACUACCCGAACUCGUCGGAGGACUAUGUUCAUCGUAUCGGGCGUACUGGGCGUUGUGAGCAACUUGGCACCGCAUACACAUUUUUCACGCAAAAUAACGCUCGUCAAGCACGCGAACUCGUUUCCGUCUUGGAAGAAGCCGGACAAUGCCCUCCUCCUGAACUUUUGUCCUUGGCACAAUCGAUUAAUGGCAAAAAAGGUCCGUACCGCUCGAAUUAUCGCCAAUAUGGAAAUGGCGGCAAUGAUUACAACAAUCGUCAAUAUGGCGGCUUCAAUAAAUUCAAUAACGGCAAUCAACGCCCCAAUUUCCAACAACAAAACCAAUACGGAAACCAAUUCAAUAACGGACCGCAUUUCAACAAAUUUAAUCCGGGCUUCAAUCCGCAUCAACAAAACCCUUAUAACAAUGGCGGCGGAUACCAAGGCGGCAAUGGAGGUCAAUACAAUAACGGUCCACAGCAAAAUCGUCGUCCCAAUUUCCAAGGAGGCCCGAAAUUCGGAGGACCCCAAGGCGGAGGCAACUUUAAUGGAGGCCCGCAGCAAAAUCGCCCGCCGCAUCAACAGCAACAAUUUUACAAUUCGCGCUACAAGCAAGGCAACGGACCCCAAAAUGAGGAUGGGCAAAAGCCAAAUUACCAAAAUCGCCCGCCACGCGGCGAAAAUAAUUACCAUAAUCAGUACCAGCAACAACAAACGCCCCAGCAGUCGGGAGGUUUUAAUGGGCCACCGCAGGCGGGUCAACCUGUUGCUGCGGGACAACAACAAAAUUACUUGGUUGACAUGUUUGACGAUUUGUCCGUGUAUCAGCGCGUGUCGCCAUCUGUUCAAGCGGUUCCAGCACAAAUUGCAGGCUUGCCACAAGGAAGUGCCGCUAUGGCUUACCCACAAUUCACAAUGCCCGGAGCACCUCAACCAUAUUCCUUCCAAUAUGCCUAAAAAGGGCGUUGCGGAAGUGAAUAUUCGACAAAAAAAAAAUAAAAAAUUCGUAUAAAAAAUUAAGCUUAAUAAUCUUAAAAAAAAAAAUAACUCUCUUCUCAAUAAUCUUGAGCACUCGUAAUUUUAUUUCAUAUUUCUUAACAGAGAGUUGCAAAAGAAAAAAAAACAUAUAUAUUAACCGUUCAUAUAACAUAAACAUAUAUAUUGAAAUAUUGAAUAAUAUCAAUACAAUUUCACGAUGAACUAGUUUGAAUUUCUUCCAAAUAUCGCUAAAAUUAUAUUUACGUCACAUGAUUUUUUUUUUAAAUGUUACGUCUUACAAGAAAACAAAAAUUGUAUUGAUAUUUUAUGAUAAAUAAAACAAAUAACAAACGAUUGGCUAAUUGUUUUAAAAGUUAAAUAAAAUUAUUAAACAGGAUAACGGAGAACU